CAGCGGGACUGUUUGAACAAAGUUCUGCUCGUUUUUUUGUUUUUAGAUUUGCUUACCUUUAGAGACAGUGACGUUUCGUAUAUUAAAACUGAUUUGACAACAAAGAUGAAGCUGAAAGUGAGUUUUGAAAAAUGUGUUUGGUUGGUCGUUGUCAUCGUUGUGGUCACCGCUAAUCAACCGCAAGGCCCCGAUCGAGGAAACGGAGUUCAAAUUAAGACAGUCGGAAGUUCUCCGUUGAUAGAAACAGGUAGUAUCUCGACUUCUACGAGUGCACCGACGACGACAAAACUCAACAAACUUAGACGAGACUCGGGACUUUUUAUUGACAACGACGUUGACAGCCUCCCGACCCCAGUCGAAGGCCCACCGCAGAUUGAAUCGCGCCAAGGAAGACUAGCACCGUCCGGACCUGUUCAAACCCACCGUUCGAGUGUGGCGACAUACACUAGUGGAAGCGGAAUCAGAACGCCGCAGGGUCCCAUCCGUAAUCUUGGACCACGUCCACCAGCUCCUCCUCCCGGGGCCGAGGAAGGACCUUUGCCACCAGCUCCGCCUCUUGACGUCACCGAAAUUCGAUGUUUGAAGAUGACAUCUAGAGAGCGAUUUUCAGCUGUUCUUGCCAUGCCGGAAGACCUACAAGGUUCUAAUCCAAUUUUCGAGGACAAACCGUCGAUCGAUCCGAUCACGUCGCGAAUCUGUCAGAUUCAACCGGCAUCGAGGACCGGCACUUUUCAGCUGGAAGUCACGAAUCUGGACGCUUGCGGAGUCAAGUCUUGUAACCAGCCAGACGGGCAGCCGUGGCUCUGCUUGACUCUCCGCUUCCCAGUCUUGGCCGGCCUCAAACUGCCAGAAGAUGAAAUCGUCGAGAUUCGGUGCAAGCAGCAGGACCGAACAGUGGCCGAGAGGAAAGACAUUGACUUUGAUGGAGACAGAUUCAGUCCGCGAAUCGAACAGAAAUCUCCCCUGACUUUUACUGGAGGUAAACAGGAAUUUCUUUGCGAGAUCGGACUCUUCCGGCGCUUGCCAGGCACGGCACUUUUCUCACAGCGGAUAGGACCGGGAUCAGCAGUUGAACUGGGAGAGGAAGUUCAAUUGCGCAGCAUCGUGCGUUCCAAUGACGGAUGGUUCUAUUCUAAACUUACGGACGUCGUCGUCCGUCGUUUAAAAAAACAGACAUCGGCCAGUGGCACGGGAGGAUCUGCCAUGCUUGUAUUGCAAGAUGGAUGUCGCAAUCCAGCGUAUCGGGCCAUAGCGUCACAACAUCCGCAGAGAGACGCGCGCUCCUCCUUGCUCAACAACUUCAACUUCCGCGUUUUCCUAUUCCAAGACAUGGACGAUGGAGACAGCAUUGUCAUUUCUGCCCGCGUAUUCGCUUGCGUCGAAGCCAUCGAUUGCGCUCCCACGCUAUGUUCGGAUGAUCGCGAUCAAGGUUUCGGCCGUCGGAGAAGGAGCAGCAAUUGGAACCAAACGCAAAUCCCUGAUUACGUCCAAACCGACGGUUCGGGUAAGACCCGCGAAAUCCUAAUCGAACAGGUUGUCUUCCCCAACGGGACGAUCGCGUCCGGCUCCUCCCGACAUCUCAAAGGAUGGGAAACCGACCUAGCGCUUCGAGUGGCCAUGCCUGGAGAGUUCUAUAGUGGAGCGAGGGCAGUGCCGCUCCAUUCCCUGGAAAGCCACUGCUUCCUGUACUUGAUGAUGACGGUCGGCUUGGGCACUGCCCUGGGCGUGACGACUCUACUGGUCAGUAUUUAUUGCAUCUGCACCUGUAGACGACGCGGAAACAAAUCAGACGCCACCCCCGUCGCCUCUUCACGGGCGGCCCAGCCUCCCACUGCUUCGGCCGGAGCCACUACAGCGCUGGAAACGCUCAUGAUGGAAGCUUGUUAUCCAGAGCUACAGGUGCUGGACGCCCUGUCGCGUUCCGUCCGACAGAAAAAACAAAACGUCCACGAUGAAAUUAUCAAACUGUACGGAGCCGCUGCUGCCGCCGCCGAAUCGGCUAAGUCAGACACCCCAUCCGUUGGUAAUGUCUACUCGUCAGAGCCUCGUCCGAGUCUUAAGCAGGUGAAACGUCAUCGACAAGAAGCGAAAGAGCGAAGGGCCAAUCCGAAUGUGACCACCGUUGUCGUCGGUCCUAGCGAACCGCAACGGAGAGGGCAUAACGAUUCUCUCUAUUGGGAGAUUGGACCGAAUCAUCACAGUCAUCAAAUUCUACCACCCACUCCCGUUUGAAAAGCUCAAUCACGAUUUCAAUUUAAGUAAAGUGUUCAUGGCCAAUCCUUUUUUUCUUUAACUCAUUAAGGAUGAGAAGCAUAUGGGAAAAGGGGGACCAAUGGAGGAUGUUUUGAUUGUUAACUCUGGGCUGUGUAUACAUAAGACGCAAUCACAAGCUUCUCUUACGUUCCUUAAUUUUUCCUUCACAAACGAAACAAAAAAAAAUAAUUGUAUGUAAAACUUUUUCUGUUUGGGAUACAACGGAAACUGUCUUGGGCAUUUGGUUUUGCUGAUUUUUCCUCUCCCCCCCUGCCCCCCCCCAUCUUUGAUGACCUCAAUUUAAUUAAGACGUUUCCCAUGUUUUGCUGUAUUAAUAGUUUUAAUAGUUGCAUCUCACGCUCCGUCUAUUUA